GACACGCAGCAGCAGAGAGCUCCUUGCAGCUAGCCGAAGUUACAGUGAAAUGACUAUUUUAUUGUAUUCCUCUUUAUGACUAUAAGUAUCUGGAGAUGUUAGAGAUUUUAUUUGGCUUGUGUUGAUUUACGAGAUGUCAGCUACACGGCUUUAAUACAACACUGAGCAAAUAUUGGACAUCUGAGCAACACAAAUGUGUUAGUGUUGUGUUUAUUAGCUAAUAGAGCACUGUACAGGAAACAUGUCUAAACACAAAGCAUCCAAGAAGAAGCUUAUUAUUGAAGAUGAUGAGCUGAAAAAAGAAGGAGAAGAACUGAAUCCCUUCUCCUUUAAAGAAUUUAUCAGGAGCAAAAAUCAUCACUCUGGCAGCGUCGAGCCUGUUGAGAAAGCAUCUGAUGGUGCUUGUUCAGUGGAGGAUGAAUACAAAUACACCAGAGACUUUGAGAACUGCCUUAAGGCUGACUUUUUCACAGAUCCCACCCUUCUUGACCAGUCGUUUGACUAUAAACCCGAGGACGAGUGGACCGACAGCUACCACCCCUCGGCUAUUGACGGAGCACAUGAUUUAGGACUGAGUGGCGCUCUGGAUGGCGGCGCUUAUUUGGAUCACUCUUUACUGUCCUGUGAAGACAAGGACGAGACAGUAAAUGAGUGGGAGCUGGGAGAGGACUUCUCACCACAGCCUCACUUCCACAGAAAGAGCACGGGUAGCUAUGAAGGAGAUGAAGAGACCUCGGUUAUUGAUCUCACCUUCCACUCGAAGAAAAGAAGUACAGAAAAUGGAAUAAGUUACCAGCAAAAGCUAAGAGAAGAAAAUUCUCAGCUUCGGAAGCAUAUCAGAGAACUGAUAAACAAGUCCGAGGCUGAUUCUUCUAAAAUCAGAGAGCUCACAGACGAGCUGCACAAGCGAAAUUUGCAAGAGGAGAGAGAAGCCAAAGCCUUAGAAAGAAUGGUGCAGUCUGUGGAAGAAAAUCUCCAGCUCAUGACCAAGCGCGCCGUUAAAGCUGAAAGCAGUUUGUCUAAAUUGAAGCAAGAGGUCCAUCAGCUACAGAGCCAGCUAGAAACAUACAGAUGUGAAAAUGAACGUUUCCGUGCCGGAGAAUCUGCUGCCAUGAGCUCAAUGAGACAGAAUGCACAAGUGGCAUCCAAGUACCUCAACAAAGUUGCUCAGGAUGCUGAGACUUCCAUUAAGCAGUUGCUGACAGGUCGAGAGACUUUGUGCCUCGUAUCAGAGCUGCUGCGGUCCAUAGACAAGAUCUCUGAGAUUCCAAAAUAGCACCUUCUCUAAUUCACCUUGUCGUGCCUUAACCACCUCUGUUAUUCUUUGCUUUUUCGAAUCAGUUAAUUUUUUUUUUACAUACUAUUCCUUUCUUCUGCCAAUUUAAUCCAUGUUAAUCUAUAUGGCUGGACGGAUCACAUGAUUAUUUAUGGUUACAUUGCAACAUUUGUCUAUGAAACAUGCCAUAAAUCUCAUCAUAGUCAUUUACUAAAGCAUGCUAUAAAGGAAUUUUAUCAUGUUUGGUUUUCAACAUUUAACUCUCUGGUUGGGAAGUUAAAAAAAAAGAAAAGAACUUUCCCCUUUUAAAGCAAUCGUUCCUUCUAAUGGUUGUCCUCAUUUUAAUUUCAGCUCCCCAGAAUGGUAAACAAGUCUGUUCUAUCGUUUCCAGGCCAGUGCCCCGUGAGAGCCGGGGUUUAAUUUCUGACCCAAAGAGCAUGUGCAUCUCUGCUCUAUAAAUGAAGCCUUUAAAAAUGAAAAAAUUGUAUUUCUUAGAAACAGCUGCCUUUAUGUUCUAUUAUUCAAAUGUGAUAAACGUGUAAAGCUAUGUAGUGUCACAUCUUUGUGCAAUUGAUUUUUGUAUAGCGAUUUUAAACAGCAUAGUGCUUUUAUACAUGAUAAAUAUCUAAAAAAAAAAAGUCAGUACUGUGCACAAGUAUGUAUACUGUACUGAUGGCAUUUAUUAAGCCAUAUAUAUGCAAUAUAUAUAUAUUGUGUAGAGACAUAGACACAUGAUCAGCCAUAAUAUUUUAUAACUUGACCUUUCUGAAGUGACGACUUUUUUGGCUGAGGAGUGUGUGUGCGUGUGUGUGUGUGUGUGUUAAUGUUUUAAAAUAAUUAUUGUAUGGUUAUAUUAACAGUAACUUAACUAAUUUCUACAUUUGAAACUUAAUACAAGCUACACAAGCAAUCAGCCAUAACAUUUACAAUACUUUGACUUUAUCUCCCUCUCUCUUACACUAUAUAUACUGAGAGAAGGAAAGACCCCAAAAAUUUAUACAAACUUUAAGUUAUCAUCAAGCCUUUUUUUUAACUGGAAUUUAAUUAUUCCAGUAGGUGCAUUAUUGUGUAGAACUGUAUUAUGUUUUCUCUAAGAUGUCAGUAGUUGCAUGAUUGUCGAUGCUCUCAUGUGACUGUCAGGGGAAUUUAUAUAUUUUUCAUGUCCCUCUGUGUAUGAAUGCACACACUUUCUAAGUUCCAAAAUAAUUCAGAACAUAUAAUGAACAGUAACAACAAAUUUCUACCUUUCUAACUUUAUGUUUGGACAGUUUUAGAGAAAUUAGCUGUUAGGUUGUUGCAGGGUGUUCUCUGUUGGUCAUAUCUCACACAGUGAAUUUUUUGUAAAUUUUUUUAGCAGAAACAGUCUGUGAUCCCUGUAACUUUUUUUUUUUUACUUAAAAAUUGCUGGAUUGUUCAGACUGUAACCACAGUUUUGCAAUUUAGCAAAUAGAAAACAUUCACAUUCAUCUGUACUUGACAUAUGCAUAAACAUCCUGUUUUUUUUUUUCUUUUCUUUUUUUUUGCUUUAACUUGAUAAUUUUUACUAUGCUGGUUUGCUGCAUACAAGAUUUAUGAGAAUUUAAUUACAGAAACUGGACAUACGGUUACUGAGGGGUACAGGGGAGAGUGUGUCAAACAAAAACCAUAUGUUUUUUAAGCCUUCCUGUAAUCUCACACCAUUUUUGUGAUUUUAAUGAAACAAAUGUACUAAUUUUAUUUUAGAAACUAAUAUAAAAGUAUUUUGACUUUUUCUUUACUAAUCAGCAGAUAUUUAUGUGUUUAUAUUAGCAGACACUGCUAUGACUAAAAAAUAUUGAUAUACUCUGUACGGCUUUCAAUUUUUUUUAAGAAAUGAAAAGUUGCUGAUUGUUAUUAUAUUAAA